GUAAACAAAGACACGUUGAAGAUGGAGCCUUCAGAACUGAGCCGAACUCCAGACGGGGAGAUAAGAAAUAAAACCGAUAUUUUACGGGACUUCCAGGUGUCUUUUUUCACCAUGAGUCGGCUGCUUUCUUUCCCCUGGACGUUUUUAGAAAAAGACCUUGAAAGCAACAAAUCAUCAGACCUGAUUUCAGACAUCUUAAAACAGACGUGUCUUCACUCUCUGUGCCGGAAGUUUCCUCCAUCGGUCAGAUUCAGGAGAUUGUUCCUCUCUGAGCUCAUCAGACGGCAGGAGGCAGCAGACUGCGACCCUCUGGACGAGCUGUACGACGCUCUGGCCGAGGUGGUGGGAGCCGAAGACACGGCGGAGUGCUACAAGAGCUACUUACUGCCCAGCGGGGACGCCGUCAGCCUGUUGGAGAACGUAGCUCUGAUCUCAGAGGGGACCACCGGCCUGGUGACGUGGGAGGCCGCUCUCUACCUGGCGGAGUGGGCUCUGGACCACCGGCAGGUCUUCACCGGCAGGACGGUCCUGGAGCUGGGCAGCGGCGUGGGGUUGAGCGGUAUCACCAUCUGUCGCUCCUGCAGCCCGCGCAGGUUCGUCUUCAGCGACUGUCACCCCAGAGUCCUGCAGGCGCUGAGGAGCAACGUGGAGCUGAACGGUCUGACUCCUCCCAGCGUCGGCGUGGAGGAGGUGGACUGGACGGCGGCGAGCGAGGAGCAGCUGGAACGGAUCGGAGCCGACGUCGUCAUCGCCGCAGAUGUGGUGUACGACCCCGACAUCGCAGGCAGUCUGGUGAAGCUGCUGUCCAGGAUCCUGAGGGGUUCGUCUCCGGAGGUCUUCGUCUGCUCCACCGUAAGAAACCAGGAGACGUACGGCGGCUUCAAGCAGCAGCUGGAUCAGGAAGGAAUCAGCCAUCGUGUGAUCACAGACGCCGUCGGCCGCGUGUUUCCGUACAGCAGAGACGGCGUUAUAGAACUGAUCCAACUGCACACGACCGCAGCACAAUAAAGAUUUUAUUUACACAAUG